AUUUAAAAUAAUAUGAAUAAAUUAGUAUCUACAUUUGCAAAGACUAUGUAAACUCAAAUCCCACUUUAUUCAUAUCAUUUCCCUAAUGGAUCUGUCUAUAACAAUGUAUUCAAUUUAAAUAACUUUUAUAAUUUAGCCAGCAAUCACAGCAAAAAGAAUCAUAAAAGUAGUUGGAGAUAGAUUAAGAAAAAUUGAUCCUGAAAGAGUAUAUCUUCAAAUCAUAAUCUUUUUUAGUGGGAUUCAACUCCAAUCACAUUUAAUACUAAUUGGAAUGAUGCUGCAGGAUAUGUUGAUGUUGCCACAUGUAUUCAUAUUCAUGAUGCUCUUGAAAAAGAAUUUGGUAUUGAAAUCAAAGAUAGAGCUUUCUUGGUUUCUAGUAUUGAAACUGCUUUUUACAUUGUUAACAUCCAUCACGACAGUCAUUGACAUAAUAUCAAAUAAUAU